CCGGAUUCGGUUUUACCAGUUUCGUCCACGAUACUAAAAACGUAGAAAGUAGUACAAGUUGCAUCACUCCUAGUAGUAGUAGAAGCAGAAGUGCGAUUUUGUUGUUAGUUUAAAGAUGGAGGUUAAGAUCCUAAGUAGGAAGCUCAUCAAACCAUCAAGUCCGACUCCCGAAAACUUUCGCAACUUCCAAAUAUCUUUCACAGAUGAAAUGUCUCCAGCCAUGAAUGUGCCCCUGAUCCUCUUCUAUGGUGGUGUUUUCGGAGGUAACGGGGACGACGACAAGUUCAUUACUUGCAAACACACACUGGAAACCUCAUUAGCUCAAAUUUUACCUCAGUUCUACCCUCUCUGUGGAAGGUACAUCGAAAGAGACCGCUUAAUUGAUUGUAGUGACCAAGGUGUUGAGUAUUUGGAAGCACAGGUCAACUACAGUCUUUGUCAUGUCCAGGAAGCCGGGAUUCCGGCAGAAUCGCUGAAGCCUGAAGAACUGAAUCAUCUCCUUCCAUGUCCUUUUGGCGCGGCCGAUGAAAUCACUGAUCCAAUGCUGUCAAUCCAAGUGAACGCUUUCGAAUGUGGUGGUUUGGCAAUUGGCAUUUGCUUGUCUCACAGGAUUGCAGACGCGGCCACUCUGGGCACUUUUGUGUCAGCAUGGGCUAACGCCUGCAACCCGAAAGCGGGACAAGAACAACAUAUCUUUCCGAUAUUCAAUUCAGGUCAAUUCUUCCCAAGCAGAAACUUGCCUAAACUUGAGAUGGGAAUCCGCCGAACCAUGGACGACUGCCCAGGGCCUAAGAUCCUUACCAGGGCAUUUGUAUUCAGUGGCAAGGCUAUAUCUGAGUUGCGAUCCAAAUGCCAGCAGCAGCAGCAUCCGCCAACAAGAGUGCAGUUGGUUUCUGGGCUGAUCUUAAGAGCUUUACUCGCAAUAGACCAAGCAAAAUGUGGGCAUCCAAGAGCUUCACUCGUUCUACAAACUGUGAAUUUCAGAAAAAGAACCAUUCCUCCAAUUCCAGAGCAUUCUUGUGGCAACUUCUGCUUAUUCGCAGUAGCCGAGCGCACUGCAGAGCAAAAUCAAAGCCUGGACUUUCAGGACUGCGUUAAUGUGGUCAGCGAUGCUGUUCAGAAGACUAUUGCAGACUGUAAGAAAAUUCUCAACCCCGAGGCGGAGGUUGAUGGGCAUAUGGUUGUGAUCGAUCCCUUUAAUUAUGUCAUUCAGACAUUUGCUAACCGCGGUAAUGAUCUAGUUCCAGUGUCAUUGAACAGCUGGUGCAGAUUCCCGUUUUAUGAAGCUGAUUUUGGUUGGGGAAAGCCUUUCUGGGUUAGUGUUGCUAGUCUUCCUGUAAGAAACUCUGUUCUGAUGAUGGAUACCCGAGAUGGGCAUGGAGUUGAAGCAUGGGUUAACCUGGAUGAAAAUGACAUGUCUAGAUUCCUGGAGGACCGCGACAUUCUAACCUAUGCCGUCUGAUUUCUGAGACAAAAUCAGUUACGUUAAGUAAGAAUCAUAUCAUGUUCGAAUUAUUUUGCAAUAAUUGUUGUUGCUCACGACCCAGUUACUUGAUAAUUGUUAAGUGUAGUGAUCCUUCUUGACUCCUUGUAAUUUGUUUGCAUUAUCAUCGGGUACAAGCAGAAUUUCAAGUUUCUCUCCCCAUCCCAGAAAAAUAAUCCACAUUGAGUUUCGAGUUUUGUACUAGUAUUAGUACAAAUUUGAAAACUCAAUGUGAACUAUUUUUUUGGAACGGAUGUAGUAUAUUAGUAACAUAACCCUCCCUCUGUUUCAUAUUAAGAAUUUGCCUCAUCACCGA